AUGGACGAAAUCAAAGCUCGUGCUAAUAAACUUAAAGCAGCGUUUCACAGUAAAAAGGCAGAAGACAAGGUGGAAAAAGCAAGUGAUCCGCCAAAACAAUCAUCAGAUCAUGUUGAUGCUGCUCAUGGUGCUGCAAAAGUCGAAACAAAAACUGAGAAAAGUGCAGCCAAAGUCACUCCGAAGCCUGCUCCACGUAGAAAUUAA